GAGCUGUCUCCACAGUGCCUCUGACUCUCUAUCUAGUCUUUCCAGUUAUCUGGCCAGUGAGGUGGCUCGCAGUGCUCGGCGUGGUGGACGGAGGGAGCGUGGAAGCGUGAGCUGUCAGAAGGACUUGUGGACAGGGUCUGCUCCUCAGCACCAUGAACAAGAUGAAGAACUUUAAGAGACGUUUCUCUCUAUCUGUUCCUCGCACCGAGACCAUUGAGGAGAAUGAAUUCACUGAGCAGAUCAACCAGCUCAACAUUCAGCACACUCAGGGUUUGACUCCAGACAGACUGGGUCCUCCCUCUCAUGAUGCCAGUCCCAUGAGCCCUGAACCCACCACACCAGGAGCUCAGUCUCCCUCCGAACUCCACUACAACAGCAAGGCCCAGCACAGACGUUUCUCCAUGGAGGAUGUCAGUAAGCGCAUGUCCCUGCCCAUGGACAUCCGCCUGCCUCCAGAGUUUCUGCAGAAACUGCAGCUGGAGAGUGAAAACUCACCGCUCUGCAAACCUCUCAGUCGCACGUCUCGACGCGCUUCACUGUCUGAUAUAGGCUUUGGGAAACUAGAGACAUACGUGAAGCUCGGCAAAUUGGGUGAGGGGACGUACGCCACAGUGUUCAAAGGGCGAAGCAAAUUAACAGAGAACUUGGUGGCGUUGAAGGAGAUUCGACUGGAGCACGAGGAGGGAGCACCAUGCACGGCUAUCAGAGAGGUGUCUCUACUGAAGAACCUGAAGCACGCCAACAUCGUCACGCUGCAUGACAUCAUCCACACGGACCGCUGCCUCACGCUGGUGUUUGAGUAUCUUGACAGUGACCUUAAGCAGUACUUGGACAACUGCGGGAAUCUCAUGAGCAUGAACAACGUCAAGAUCUUCAUGUUCCAGCUGAUGCGUGGUCUGUCCUACUGCCACAAGAGGAAAAUCCUCCACAGAGACCUGAAGCCUCAGAACCUGCUCAUCAACGAAAAGGGCGAGCUCAAACUGGCUGACUUCGGUCUAGCCAGGGCCAAGUCCGUCCCCACUAAGACCUACUCCAAUGAGGUGGUCACUCUGUGGUACAGGCCCCCUGACGUGCUCCUGGGCUCGACAGAAUACUCCACACCCAUCGACAUGUGGGGAGUGGGCUGUAUCAUGUAUGAGAUGGCGACAGGUCGGCCCAUGUUUCCUGGUGCCACUGUGAAGGAGGAGCUACAUCUCGUUUUUAGACUCAUAGGCACUCCAACAGAAGACACUUGGCCUGGUAUCAGCAGUAAUGAUGAGUUUCGGUCCUACCUCUUUCCUCAGUACAGACCUCAAGCUCUCAUCAACCACGUACCCAGGCUGGACACGGAGGGGAUUGACCUGCUGUCUGCUCUGCUGCUGUACAACACCAGGAGCAGAAUGUCCUCUGAAGCUGCUCUGCGACACCCCUACUUCCUGACUCUGGGGGAUAACAUACACAAUUUGGCAGACACUGGCUCAGUGUUUUCCCUCAGAGAGGUGCAGCUCCAGAAGGACCCAGGCCACCGCAGCUCUGUGUUUCAGCCUUUAACUCGAGGAAAGAACCGAAGACAAAGCAUCUUCUAGAGGACACACAGAGGAGGACGAGAGACGCACAUUAAAGAGGAGCAGCCUUUACAGACCACAGCACUAAGGCCAACACAGCUCCUCACAUUCACAAGCAUGCCUCAGUUACACACACGCACAUGCACGUACACACAAACUCAUAUGUGCACUCACUCAUUUCCAUGGCAGCUGACUGUGGAGACACACAGGGUCUCUGCAAAUAACUAACUUGUACUGCACUUGAAAUGACUGAGCUGAGACACACACACAUUUGCAUACAUUUGCACAAUCAGCUACAAACAUGCCAUUUCUCAGUGGCAGUAGAGACAGCAGAGAUUUAAGUAUCUUGCUGACACACACACAUUUCAAGGAAAAAACUGUCCACUAAAUAUAACUUCUUCACAUAGGACUAACAUGUAUCAUUUCUGUUCAGCACACACCCGGUGUUCUGGCCAUCCACGGUAGCGACCACAUCUGGAACAAGUAUUGCCUGAACACCACUGGGACAAACAAACAGGAGGGUUGUGAUGCGAAUGGAAGUUGCUUCAGUUUUGUGUAAAAUCUACUGAGGUCACUUUCUUUUCAAAUAGUUUUGUCCUAAUUAUGUUUAGGCUUAUCUCUACACCAAAAAACACAAAGAUGUAGCUCAAAGGUACACUCUCUGAUUUUUGAUUUAGCAUCCAAUGUUUAGCAUACAUUUGAUAUUUGUGCGCCCCCAAAUUAAUGUAUCUAAAUUAACUUUUAUGUUUUAUUCAUUAACUUUACAGAUUUGCUUUAUGUACAUUUUAUUGUUUUUUUUGUCUAAAAAAGGGUUUCAAAGCCUUUUCUGUAAGAGCAAGAGUAAUUCUGUUAGGGACAUUAUUAUUAUUAUUAUUAUUAUUAUUAUUUUUGGCCCGAACUUUGUCAAAUGGAAAAUGCUUUAAUUAGUUAGCUUAUACAGAAUUAGCUUAAAACAUGCUGUCACUUAUAGAAAAUGGUCCCUGUAGCUAUAGCCCUGGGUGCUAUUAGACACUUGCUAAAUAACAAACUCAGAGUGUGUACUUUUAAAAAGGAUUCACACAUUAACAGGCAAUUUAAGCAAAACGUUCCAACCUCAAAAAGAAACCACAGGAGAGAUUCAACCUUGUAUAGCUAAUCCAAAAUGUGUGGGGAAAGUAACGAUGGUUAGCUACCUGAAUAUGUAAGCUAGCUCAUAAUCUGACGUCAUUUAAACUAAAUCCGAUUUAUCUGUGAUGAAUUAAAUAUGUCCGGUUCAGAAGAUCCCCCAGUAUGGCAGCUCAUGUGGCUCAGGUGUCAUGUGACCUGACAGCCUUGAAAUACACAAAUAAUCUGGACAUUGAAAUCGUAGCAUCACACUGUUCAUCUGACUCCAUUAUGAAUAUAAAGCAGAUUUGCCUUGCUACAGCGACUCCAUGUUUCAGCGCAUCGUGGGGUUUUGUUCCAUGCAGUGUUAACAGCUGACUUUCACUUCAGUUCUUGAAGUUGCCUUAGUAAACUGUGCAUGAUAUCUUGGCUUGUGAAGAAUCUCUAUUUGAUCUAGUGCAUCCAGUGUGUUAGGAGGCAUUUGCUCUGUGUCUGUAAAUAACUCAUUGCGAGUGUAUGUAUUUCUUAGUCUCCUAUUUGCACAAACCAGAAGUGUCCUCUGAAGCCUGCUCCCUUUCCUUAGUGUCUUUCUUACCCACUGUGGUUUGAAAAUAUGACCCCAUAUUGUACGAAACCCCAUUAAGCCCAGAGGUUAAAUCCUAUGCCCUUGAUAAUGAAGUGAUCUUCAGUAAGAAAAGUGAUGGGGGCAUGUUGCUGAGCUACACUUAAUCUUUCCUAACUCUGUUUCCAUCUCCUGACUCCGCGUCCAGCGCUGCUGAGUUCCUGCAGACAAGGGGAUGCUGAGGGGAGGGGUUCCAGUGCCAAUGAGACGGUUAGGGUUGGGGCCACAUUAAUGACCUGUGGGGUGUGAUCAAGGUUGUCUGUUAAAUUAACUGUGCAAUAUGAAAGAGAUGUAGACAGUUUGUGUGGAGCGCAACAGUGGCUUCCUAUCACCAUUAUACUUCCAGUCACUAAGUUGUUCUGUGCUUUGAUAUCGGCAGACCUAUUGAUAAGAAGUUGCGUAUAAAAACGUCACCAUAAUUUAUUUACUUAUUUCUCGAUUUUAAAUUACGUGGACCAAAUAUUUUUUUUAUAAUUUGGUUUAGUAAGAUAAAUGGUGACAGACUGUUUCCUUUGUAAAUAAUGAUGAUUCCAUCCUCAGUAUGUAUGAGACAUGCUGCUUAGAGGCUCCAGAGAUGUUAAGUGAGGAACAACAGGACUUGAUGUAGAUUUUAGAAGACAUGUUGCCUUUCAUCUUCCUUAAUUGUGACUGGUUUGUGGGCAGUAUGUCUGAAACAAACUCAUUCAUUACUGUUGUGUCAUAUAACAUCAUCUGAAAAGUGUUUACAGCUUUCUUUAGAGCCACAUUUGUGGUGGGUAAUAAGUCUGCUGUCACAGAGAUGGGCUAAAUGAGGUAAUUACAUGGAGAUAAUGGAGGAAAGGCUCUCCUCAAAGGUCAUGGUGCUGCACUUGAAAAAAAAGAAAAGAAGUUGUGUGAAGAAUGAGAAAACAGAGCUUGAGAGAGGGAACCGUUUUUUUCAGAUUAUCAGUUUAAGAAAAUAACCAAAAUUAUUUGAGACGGCGUAAAAUAAUCCUAUGAGAACUAAGAAUGAAGCAUACUGAACCCGUCCGAAAUAUUAAACCACUGUUGGAUUUUACGCACAUUGAAAACUGUUGAGGUGAUUGUGGAGGGCCAACUCUUGACCAGACAUUGCAGAUGGUUUAGAAAAGGAGUGGACUAACUAGAGCAAGAGAGGGCAGAUGGAUGGUUCAAGACUCCUUCCAAGGCAGUUGAAGAUCCAUUCAUACCUUUAUUUAUGAGACUGUAAACACACUUACAAGACUGCCCUUUGACAUGAAGUGUCUAAAAGGGCCGGGUUAUUAGGAACAAAUAUUAUAUUUAUAAAUAUGUUUUUCUAUAACCUAUUAUCUGAUCACAUCAGAGGCCAAAAGGGUUCAAAGUUUUGGUGAAUGACCGCAGAACAAACAUGGGAUGAUAACAUGAACAGCAUUGAUAGAGGCAAGCUGUGAUGAAUGGUUGAAGUAUGGAGAUAACACACAUUUGCAGAUUGCUUCUACUUGACAGUCUCUCCUCCUAGGAGUGCUGUGGACAUAUGAGUGCAACUCUAUUAUCAGUCUCUCACAUCAAGAAAUAGUUGAGAGAAUUAAAACAAGAUAGCUGGAAAGAGAAGUUCCAACCCUGCUAACGUUCCCACCUUCACACUUGACCACUUACUAAAAUUAGUGUGUGUAAAUGUUGGACCAUGGGUUUUCGGGAAAAAUUGUGGAAAGGUGUGGGAGAGGAGGUUUCAGACACUGUUCAUUAAGACCUUCUGAUAAAGCAUCCUUGCAACUUUCACAUCCUGGUAACUUGGCCCAGAGAGUCCAUGUGCUCCCUUGAAAGUGCUUAUCAGCUCGUCCGACAAUAUUGGAAACCCCCUCACCCGCACCUUUCCAAAAACAGAAUUGGGCUGGUUACAUCCAACAGUUUCCUGAAACAAAAGACGAUCUGACAAGCAACUCACUCAACUUUUAUUUCUGUUGGAGCGGUCAACCGACUGCACUGUUGUGAAAGCCUUGAGCCUUUGAGUAGAGACUACAAAUGUUUGGCUGCUUCUAACCCUGGGCUCCACAAAUGUGCAUAUAUACAAAACUCUGCAAUUACAGGAUUUCAAACCUGACACAUGCCUCCAAAAAGCAUUUUGGUCUGCCGACUGAUGUAUUGCUAGUGAUGAUUUGUACUCCUGACCCUAUCACUUCUUCCAAAACAUAGCUGUACUAAAAGUAAGAGUUUCAACUAAGAACCACCACAUCCUGCUUCCCCUGCUUUAGUAUUCUAGAGAACCCUGCCUGUGUACUGCCUUGGAGACUUCCACAGUUCCCAAGAGUAGAAUGCAGGUAAUGCAAGUGUGUACACAUUAAUUGUUAAGGACAGUGUACACGCACAGAGGAGAUGCACAAACUACCCCAAGAGCUUGAUAACUAUUACAUGUCUCAAGGACAAUGGUACGAACGACCAUAUGAGGUUUGAUUUACUUGACUCUCAACCGUCCCUCUGAACUGAGGAAGCCUUUUAGAUUAGAGGCAAAACGUCUUUAAGAAAUGUGCAGCAGGUUGACAGCAGUCGGCUUUGAUUAGGCAUUCCAGGAUUAUGUGUUUAACAAAUUGUAAAGAGGUUACCAAGCAGGAGCAAAUUAAUGAUAUUUGAGAUUGUUCAGGCAAGCCAGCGAUAGAGAUGCUAAUAAUCAGGAGCCCCUUUUACACAUCCUUAUUAAGGCAGAAAUGUUCCACCUUUUAUCUGGAAGUGGAGGUUGUCACUGAAUGUAAUCUGUGUAAAGCAGAGAGCCAGCAUUCUGGGAACAUGUCCUCUGAUUACAGAACACAAGCAUGCUAUCUAAACCAGGGUGGCAGUAUGUCGGCUUUAUUUGGUUCAGUGUAAGCAAGCAUGUAGUGAGGGGUCUUUUUAACAGCAAUAUAGUGGGAUCUUUGUACCAAAGGGGCAAGGGAGUUGUUGGUUUGAGCCUCAACAGGAGGGUGUGUUCAGGGGCCUUAAACCAAGCGCUGAACCCCAAAAGCAAUCCAGCGGCAUGUGCAGGUCGGGGGGGUGUUAUUGUUAUGUUUGUUUGAGUGAGGAGACAAAUUCCAAUAAAAGUUAAAUGGUUGCUGAAAGUUUCCCUACCUCUAAACGUGAAUGACGCUGACGGAAGAAUAAUGUUGUGACCCUCCAACCCUCUGAUCACCUGUUAGUCAGCUCAAGUAAAGGUGAUGGCAACAAGAAGAGAGGAAUUCAGGCCAAAGCUCCAGGGACUUCAGAGGGACGCUCUGUGGAUGUUACACUUCCGAACCUCCCCUUCCUUCCCUCAGUGGCAGAAGUAUUACUUUGUGUUAUAGUUGUGGUAAACGAAGCUAUUUUAAAUACUGUAAUGACAAAGAAAUAAUAUAUAUGUAUUUUAACAGCUGUUUUCAUCUUUCUCAGUGAGUUUUAUGCUGUAAUAAAAAAAAACAAGAGAACCCUGUAUUUAAAAUGAAAUAAAAAAACAGAUUAUGUCUAAAUGUUUUAUAAAAGAAAAGUUUAGAUUUUGUAUGAGAUGUGAUAUUUUGUGUGAUUUGUCUACACUGUUCUAAAAUGAGAAAUUGAAUGUACUGUGACUGCCAACAGGCAUAAAAUUGAUUAAAUAAUUGAUUAAUUAAUCAAUAUAUAAGCUAUUAAAACUCUGGAACACUCA